CCCAGGGGUCCGCCUGCUGCCGGGAGCAAACUGCACUCAUUUCCCCGAUAUUUGACAGAUGGAUGCUGUCCUGUCGUAGAGGAGGAGGAUGAAAAAAUCGCCUGAUAUAUAUUUUGGCAUUUUCGCUCAUAGCCUAUUUAUGGGAGGCAGCAGCGGCUUGGCCCUUUCUUUAUUAUAGGAAAGAGAUCUCCGCGGUUUGCUAUGUGAAGAGCAGAUCGCCUAAUAAUUGUCAUUUCGCGACCCCGAGGAAUAAUUAUGAACAACGCACAAGAUAUGUCGCCCGAUUUCGUCUUGAUGCGCCUGGUUUCCGCGGCCGAGGAUGACCGCUUGGACGCAGAAAACGGGAAUCUGCCGCCGGGAGGAGUGGUGGCAGGGCUGGGGAAGGAGGUCCUGGCUCACAGCGGCGUUAAAGCGGGGUUGGAUAUCAGCCGAGAUCCGGCGUCGGGCCUCGAGCAUCCCAGCAGUCGCCUGAACAAAGCCCAGCCGAGCGGCGAGGGCACGGCCGCACCUGACACCGGGGUGACGGAGAACCGAGCCCCGCUGUCUGCGCCUCCUCCGCCGCAAAGCCCCAUGGAGGCCCAGGGCUUUGACUUCGCUCCCAGCCCUGGCCUACGGCCUCAGCUGCUGGUCUUCUCCAAUAUAAUGCGGAAUGGAGAAGGGAUUUUAGAAUUAGACCAUCGGAAUCAGCCGAGGGAUGCUCUGGGUUUGGAACAGAGCCCGGGGUCUGGCUGCUCCGGCCCGACUGUCAAUAACAACACCCUGAGCCCCGGAGACGUUCAGCAGCAGCAGAACCUGCUGGAGCGGACAUGGGGAGCGCAUCCGCCGCUCUCAGUAACCGCGGACAUGCAGGGAGCUGCGGAGCUUUGCCGCCGGCAUCGACUCAUCACUACCCCGCCCGAGUGGCCCUUAUUGUCGGAGAGAUCCAACCCUCUCACUGUGAUUGACUCUAAAUGGGGAUGUGCCACCAGGGACAGAGAGGGAGCCGUGUUUGAGCUGGCCCGACGGUUUGGGGAGCUGGGGGUCGGUGCUGUACCCAAGAUGUUGUUCAAAGCAGGGGAGCUCCCGCAGUGUUCGUGUCAGGGUGCACACGGGCCGGUUGGACGGGGAGUAGAGCCCGGGGAUGACCCGACAGAGACCAGUGAUGCUUUGUUGGUACUGGAAGGGCUGGGGAGCGGGGAUGUUGCCGGCCUGGACAUGGAAGACUGCCCGGAGGGUGAGACGGAUGAUGAGAACGGUCGCCGAGAGUUUUUACUCAACAGGAAAAGGGAAAUAGUUCAGAAAAUGUCCGGGGCUUUCUCCAUCAGCAGCUUCCAAGCGGAGCUGAGGAGGCAGGUGGAAGGGAUGGCCCCGGCGGCGACCGAGGAGGCGGCAGCAGCGCGCCUUGGCGCGCAGGUGUGCAGCCUCCACGGGAACUUGGCCAGCCGGCUCUCGCAGGUAAGCUCCGAGGUUUCAGAGGUUGUGUCCCAGGUUUCAGCCAUGUCUCCGGUUCCUACGCCGGUCCAGAGUUCCCCUUGGGCAACAAGCCCAAAUCUGAGUCAGGCGUCGACACCCAGAAGGCGACCGGAGCGGUGCGCCAGUGCGCCGCGGACUCCCACAGGCUGGGCAGCGGGUGGGGAAAAGGCGCUCAAAGUUCCAGGGAAGUCCAAAAAGGGCUCGUUAAAGAUCCGCCUGAGUAAAUUGUUCCGGACUAAAAGCUGCAGUGGCUCCAAUCACCUGCUGGACAAGAGGCCCUCAGUGACCUACUCAGUAUCUUCUGCCGGGAGUCUGGUGGACAUGGCGAGCACCGCUGGUGCUGAGCAGGACGCAGACAGCCACAACCAGCCCAGACUGACCAGGGCCCACAGUGCCUUCUCCCCUGCCUCCCUGUCUGCUUCCCUCUCUGCUUUCACUGACGCCUUCCUCCGCGCCCUCCCUAAUUCAACCCCGUCACCGGCUGAUGCUCCACCCACUUCCAGACAUGCCCCACCCCCCAUGCUGUGCGCCCUGCAGCGGUCUGAGGCCAGCAACUUCACCGCCAGUCUGAGAGAGCUGGAGAAGUGUGGCUGGUACUGGGGUCCGAUGAACUGGGAGGACGCAGAGAUGAAGCUGAAGGGGAAACCGGACGGAUCCUUCCUGGUCCGAGACAGUUCAGACCCCCGAUACAUCCUGAGCCUCAGCUUCAGGUCGCAGGGAGUCACACACCACACACGCAUGGAGCACUACCGAGGGACGUUCAGCUUGUGGUGUCACCCGAAGUUUGAGGACCGCUGCCAUUCGGUGGUGGAGUUCAUUGAGCGAGCCAUCAUGCAUUCUAAGAACGGCAAAUUCCUCUACUUCCUCCGCUCCAGAGUCCCAGGGCUUCCUCCCACCCCUGUUCAGCUGCUGUAUCCUGUAUCUCGCUUCAGCAACGUGAAGUCACUACAACAUCUCUGUCGCUUCUGCAUCCGACAAAUGGUCCGCAUCGACCACAUCCAGGAGCUUCCACUGCCCAGACCGCUUAUAUCCUACCUGAGUAAGUUUUAUUACUACGACCCGGAGGAGGAGAUGUACCUGUCAUUCAAGAGCAUCCGGAGAGUGGUGAGAGCAGAUCAAGAGGCCGAGUCGCAGACGUAACAGCAGAGAUCAUCUCAACCCAAGUUUCUGUAUGGAGGAAUGAUCUGUACUGGUCUGCCAGCAUCCGCCAAUCAGAGUUUCUGGAAAUCUCUGUGUCCAGUUGGACUUGGAUGGACCCGCCUCACUCUUCAUUUGGACUAACGAAAAGAGGGAUGAGUGUUUGCAGAAGGGCGGUGGGAAAACUGUCACUGAGUUCCGAUGCAGAGGACUCUGCCUCGUCUCCUGAGGGACUGCAGAGAUGUUCUCGCCUGCAACACAUGUAGGUUUGAAACAAAAGGAGAGCGUGAUGAACUUGAUUUGCAAAUUUCCUGAACCUGCUGAACUGGACUUUUAAAAACACAAUGCACUGGUCAGUUUGUACAACUGCUGUUUGUUGCUGUUUUCUUGUUUUUCCUUCCGUUCUGUCAAAAUUAGUGUUUUUUGGAUUAAAAGUUGCCCCUCAGGAUGGAUAUACACUCAGAGGCAGGGCAGCAAGAGGCCCAUCACCGAUGCGCUCGGACAGUUGAGGUACAAGCGUUUAAGAGAGACAGGCCGCCAUGUUGGAGGACCUAUAAUCUCCACAUCUUGGAGAUGAAACUACUGUUUCUGUCUGGAAAUAACAAAAUUCCAAUGUUAGUUACAGUGCAAAAUGUAAGUUAGACAAAUCUGACAUAAAAUUUGUUUAAAACUGAAUUCAAGACUCAAUUCUAUUUUACCACAAGUGCUUGUUAUGCAGACAGAUUUGAUGAAACCUUUACAACUUCUCAGUUUUAAGUUUUUACUUGUUUAUUGUGACUGCAGCAUAAAUAUCUCAACCUUUGAAUGUGUUGAGUGUGUUUUUUUAGCUUGAUAAUCAGAACUCAGAAAUUCUGACUUUCCAUGUCAAAUGGAACGCAACAUAAUCUCACCUACAAUAUCUGUUUGAAUCCCUGAACAAACCAGCGAUGUAGGUGGUGAUUCGGAUGUCUGGAAACGAGCUACUUUUUAAUACACUCAGUGAGUUGACACCUGCUAACGUGCAGCACUUUGGGCCAUGUGUGAGCCCACAGAGGUCAGUGGUUUUCAGUCCUUGUUCCUACAGUUGUUUACAAAUGUCACUGGUUUGAAUGACAAUCAGCAUCACCUUGUUUUACAAGUCAUCUUUAACUGAAUCUUUGAUCAGGUCACAGAAAUUUGACCUUUUGUUUUUCAGGAAGAAGCAGCCUAUCUUUGUCACAUCUCUAACAUGAUGAAUUUUACUUUUGUUAUACAUUCAGCAGCCGAACACUGUCCACAAUAUCAGAAUUUUUCCAGUGCAAAAAACAGUAGGUCACAGUCAUUCUUCUGCACACACAAACUAAACUUAAGAAGUAAGUUAAAUUUUUACAAGCUAUUAUCACUGGUUGAAACGUCAUUCUUAAUUUUAUAGAAACAACAACAAAGCCCACACAAAACAUAGGAAGGAAAAACACCGAGCUGCAGCACACACCUCUCCUCCUCCCUUCCCUAAAUAAUUUGUAAUCUGUUGCCCUUACAUGACAUGAUUUCACCACGUACAGAUGCGGUGGACAUUUUAACAGGAAUUCACAAGAAGAGGGGAAAAAUACACCAAAGAAUAAAAUAUCUUCGGAAAUUUACAAUAACCUACAAACAGCUUAUUUUAAAGGUGUUCCACUGUUUUAUUCCAAGAAGGCAAAACAAUGCAAAAGGGAACCAUGUUCUUUAUAAUGACAGAUGAUAACAAUCAUUUAGUUUUUCCAUGGCUCCACAACAAGUUUCAGCAUAGGCGCCUUCAUCAGGGAUGUGUUCUUAUGAUUAAUUCAUUUGGUAAUCUUAGGAAAUUCUUAAAAUUUUUAUUUAAACAGAACAGAGUUUUGCUAAUCAAGACAAAACGGCUGUGGGAGUUUACUUGCAUUAAUUAGAAAACUUUUCUGAAUUUGGCGUUACAGUGAGCUGGGAGUUUGAACCGGGUUUGAGAUUAUAACCAGAAGCCUUGUUUUUCCCCACAGUGCCCUGCCUCAAAGUGUGUAUAUCUGCCAUGACUCGUCUCUAUCUGUCAGUUUUAUUUGUUGAAUUGCCCAGGUGUAUUUUGCUCAUUCUAUUUCUCAGUACCCUGAAGCUGGCUACUGGCUCAGCGUUUUCAGUAAAAGAAGAAAAAUAAA